AUGACUGCUUCAGCAAUAGCCAUCAUCCUCAUCUUUCUUGCCUUCCUCUGGUUUCUCAUCCAGAGGCCGAGACACCGAAAACUGCCUCCUGGUCCUUGGGCGCUGCCAGUCAUUGGUAAUCUCCAUAUGCUAGGCAACCUCCCACACCGCAGCCUCCGAGACUUGGCCAAAAAAUAUGGACCCAUAAUGUCCAUGCGUCUAGGCACCAAAACCACAAUAGUGGUCUCAUCCCCUGAAGCUGCAGAGUUAUUCUUGAAAACCCAUGACACCAUUUUUGCCAGCCGCCCCAAAGUCCAAUCCUCCGACUACUUGUCGUACGGCACAAAGGGCAUGGGUUUCAGUGAAUAUGGUCCGUACUGGCGGCAUAUUAGGAAGUUGUGCACGCUGCAGCUUCUUUGUCCAUCAAAGAUUGAGGCUUUUGCUCCAUUGAGGAGGGAAGAGGUGGGUUUGUUGGUUGAGUCGCUGAAGAAAGCCGCAGCGGAGGGCCAAGUUGUGGAUCUUAGUGAGAAGGUUGGUGAGCUGAUUGAGGGCAUAACGUAUAGGAUGGUGUUGGGGAGCAAAAAUGAUGAUACGUUUGAUGUGAAGGGAAUUAUUGAGGAGAUCAUGUUGUUGACAGGGGCAGUCAACAUUGGUGAUUAUUUGCCUUUCCUCAGUCCAUUUGAUUUUCAGGGAUUGACCAAGCGCAUGAAGAGACUUAGCAAGACAAUCGACCAACUCUUAGAGAAGAUAAUUGGGGAACACCAACAAGUUUCCCAGAGUGGGCAAGCACACCAAGGCCAUCAUCACAAGGACUUUGUGGACGUGAUGCUUUCGUUAAUGCACCAACCAUUGAAUCCCAACGAUGAGCAAGUCUACAUGAUUGACCGCACAAAUGUGAAGGCCAUCUUACUAGACAUGAUUUCGGGUGCCUUCGAUACGUCAGCUACCGCCAUAGUUUGGACCCUCGCUGAACUCCUGAGGCAUCCGAGGGUAAUGAAGCAUCUCCAGCAAGAGCUCCAGAGUGUGAUUGGAACGGACCGAAUGGUGGAAGAGAGUGAUUUGCCAAAGUUGGGUUACUUGAACAUGGUGCUCAAGGAGAGCUUUAGGUUACACCCAGUUGCACCAUUGCUCAUCACACAUGCAUCCAUGGAGGACAUUACAGUUGAAGGACAUGACAUACCCAAGAAAUCGACAAUCUUUAUAAACGUUUGGGCUAUUGGGAGAGAUCCUAAUGUCUGGUCAGAAAAUGUGGAAGAAUUUUACCCCGAACGGUUCAUUGAUGGCAAUAUUGACCUUCGAGGGCAUGACUUCGAGCUCCUACCAUUUGGGUCUGGUCGAAGAGGGUGCCCUGCUAUGCAAUUAGGGCUAACCACAGUCCGGCUGGCUCUGGCAAACUUGGUCCACUGCUUUAACUGGGACCUCCCAAGUGGCCUGAAACCCGAAGAUGUGGACAUGACUGAGACAUUCGGCUUAUCGCUGUCAAAGACCAAACGCUUGCUUGUCAUGCCAAUCUACCGCCUAUACUAA